AAAACACCAGUCGCAACCCACGCCGCCAUGUCGAAUCUUCUACCCCAGAGCUGCCUCCGGCAGUUUGCGCGGAGCUCCCUGAGAACGGGCGCUGCGUCUGCUCGUCCCGGUUCAGCCUUCGCGCUCCCUCUCCGGACACAACCUUUCUCAACCACUUCCCCGACACAAUCGCGGAAGGGCAGUGCCCCGAUUACCAUCCCCCCGGAGGUGUCUCUCAAGUUCAUCGAUCUCCCGGUUGUCUCCGUGAGAGGAGGCGCUGAGGAAGCUCCCAAGGUUGCAAUUGAGGUGUCGGGCCCUCUGGGUAAAAUGACUCUGAAAGUCCCCCCUUUCGUCAACGUCGAACACGAUGAAGCCCUCCGGAAGGCCACUCUCUCCGUUCAGGACCGGGAGAUCAAACACCAGCGUGCCAUGUGGGGAACCAUGCGCUCGCAUCUACAAAACUACGUCCUGGGAGUGUCGGAAGGUCACAUCUGUAUCCUGAGUAUGGUCGGUGUCGGUUACAGAGCCACGAUCGAGUCUCAGGCGACCACCGUCAAGUCCCAAUUCAAGGGCCAAAAGUUCGUCUCCCUGAAGGUCGGAUACUCCCACCCGAUUGAGCUCCCCGUCCCGUGGGGAGUCAAGGCCAGCACACCCCAGCCGACCCGUAUCCUGCUCGAGAGUGUCAACAAGGAAGUCGUGACGCAGUUCGCGGCCGAGAUCCGCGAAUGGCGCAAGCCCGAGCCCUACAAGGGCAAGGGUAUCUUCAUCAACGGAGAGACCGUCAGAUUGAAGGCCAAGAAGAUUCGGUGAUCGGGGGGUCAUUUAUACCUUUGGGGGAUUUUUUCCUUUUCUUUUCUUUCUGUAUAUGUAUAUCGGAGCAUGGUUCUCUGGGUUCGCGACUGGUAUUUUGAAAUUUGUGUACUUUUAGACGCAUCUAGCGUGGAUAUAGCUUGACAGUUUAUGCAGC